CUUAAAGUGAUCAAAAUAAACAAGACUCGACUUCGUAUGUGACUUCGUCGCGGUUUAUUUGUUUCGUGUUUUAUUUCUUAUUAAUAAAAAUGAAGUGUGAAGAACAAAUUUGCGAAGAAGGAGAAAUAAAAGCAGAAAAGAAAAUAAGAAGGAGGACGACGAAUCUUUAUAAAGCUAUUAGAGAACAGAUGGAAUUUUAUUUUAGUGAUUCUAACCUUUUACGUGAUAAAUUUCUUCAGCAGACUAUUAGUGAUAGUAAAGAUGGAUAUAUUGAUAUUGAACUCUUCAUGAAAUUUAACAAAAUACGAGCAUUGACAAAAGAAUCCAGAGAUGUUGCAAAUGCUGUAUCAUCUUCUAGUAUAAUAAAAGCAAAAAUAAAUCAAUUGGGAAAUGUUGCUUACGUUGAUCAGAAGAUGCCUCAAAANGAUAAAACAAAAUUAAAAAGAAUAUUGCCAGUUACUAAACGAGAAAAUAUUGAUGACUGUAUGAUUUAUGUUGAAAGACUUCCAUCCGGUGUAGAUCAUGACUGGUUAAAGUCUGUUUUCAGUAAUUUUGGUACUGUUCUAUAUGUCAGUUUGCCUCGAUUUAAGCCUACAGGAAAGCCUAAAGGAUUUUCUUUCAUUGAAUUUGAAACACCAGAAUCAGUAAAAAGAGCAUGUCAGUAUUUCAUGAAUCACAAUGAUGAAAUGGAAAGGCAAGAAAUUAUGUAUGAAGACCUAACAAGCAUGGAUACAGUAAUUCAAUCCAGUGAAAUAGAAAAUGAAAAAGAUAUGAAAGAAAAUGUAUUAAAAAGAAAACAAAAUGAAGAAAAUGAAGUGGAAGUACAAGCAAAACGACAAAAAGUAGAAGAAUGUGAAGAUGUUUCAAAUAAAGAGUCAUUGAAGUCUGAAAAACAUAAAAAGAAGAAACAUAGGAAAAGAGAUAAACAUAAGAAGAAGACAAAGCAGGAAAUUGAAAUUGAUGAUUUAGCUUUAAGAGUUAUGUCAAAGUAAAGUAUUAAAUAUUGUAAUUUUUUAUAUGUGCACUAUAGAUAUAAUUUAAUGCUACUCAAUACAAUACAAAAUCACUUAUAAAACAGUCAAAGGUUCACUCCUAGUUUUACAUUUUUCAAAUUUGAUAAAAAGAUCAUUUCUAGGAUUCAAAAAAUUUCUACAGUGUCUUUCUUAGACACUACUACAAAAUAUAUAAACUUAAUACAAUAUAAUGCAUAUGAAAUUUUUGGACAUUAUUGUCAACGUUAUCAAAUAUUACAUUGAGUCUUCAGAGUAUAUCUUAAUUUAUAUAAGUAAUUAAAUUUAAUAUUCUACUUUAUAUUUAAGAGAUGCUAACAAGUAGUUAAAUUGAGUAUUCUGUAUUAUGUUUUAUUUCCAAUAGGUGUUUGCUGUAAAUAAAAGAUGAUCCAAAUUUUAUCUGAAAUUAUAAAUUUAUUGUUUGUAAAUUUAGGUGAAAAUACCAAAAAUUAAAAAUAGCCCAUUUACAUUAACUUUUUAUUUUUUUAUUUUUAAAAAUGUUUUUUAUAAGAAGUAAGCUUUUAGGAAAGUAACAAUCAGUUGCUUUAAUGAAGUAAAAACAGCUUUGAAUCUGUUUUUACUUCAAAGUGCCAUCAAACAUUUUUAUUUAUCUU